GAGCGAAUGAGCGAUUGCAUAAUUACGCCCAGGGAGGCACGUCGUGAAGAACUUCUUAGCGAAAGAAGAUUCGCAAGUCAGCCUUCUUCUGUUCAUCGCGAUUCGCGAAGUUUCUUUAUCUAGCACCAUUUUGUUCUUCUUCUACUGUUCUACUUCUUCUGUAGAGAGAGAGAGAGAGAGCAAUGGAGAAGGGACAGAAACUCCGAUGCCAGCGAAUUGGCUGCGAAGCCAUGUUUACGGAGGAUGAUAACCCAGAAGACGCUUGUAGAUACCAUCCUUCCGGACCUAUUUUUCAUGAUGGCAUGAAAGAGUGGAGCUGUUGCAAGAAGAGAAGCCAUGACUUUAGCUUGUUUUUAGCACUUCCUGGAUGUAAAACAGGUAAACACACGACUGAGAAACCAGUGAUAACAAAAGCUGCCCCUAGUCCGAGUAAGCCAGUGUCUGUUUCAACUCCAACAAAUGAUGCAUCAUCAAAACUAACUUGUUUGAGAUGCAAACAGGGUUUCUUUUGCUCGGAACAUGGUUCACAAGUCAAAGUGGGCAAUCUGAAACCAGCUGUUAAUGAUGCAGUCCCGCCUGCUGAGAUCAAUUCAGACGUUGAAAAAUAUCCUCCAGCUCCAGCAAAGAAGAUUAUUGAUCUGAAUCAGCCGCAGACAUGCAAAAAUAAGGGAUGUGGUAAGACCUUCAAAGAAAAGGAUAACCACGAUAGCGCAUGCAGUUACCACCCUGGACCUGCUAUUUUUCAUGAUCGGAUGAGAGGGUGGAAAUGCUGUGAUGUUCAUGUGAAAGAAUUUGAUGAGUUCAUGGACAUACCUCCUUGCACGAAGGGCUGGCACAAUGCUGAUCCAGUGUCAUAAUCAACUAUCUACCUGAAGAUGAAGCUGAAUUUUUCCGAGUCAUGCUCUACAUAUAUUUGAUAAAUUGGUCAAAAAUAUGAUGUCGCUGUCUGUUGAACUGUAUCCUCUUCGUAUCUAAUUGUUGUAUGCAUCCCAAAAUUAGAUAGAUGUUCAACUCUUCUUAGCAUGGACACGAGUUGUGCAAUGGAUGCUUUUUUUAGCAAGGUUUCUUUGUUCCACUAAGUCCUUAAAUUUGCGCUGUAGUUUGUGAAGUUUGAUUUCUUACUGCAUGAUUUUAAUUUUGA